CCUGAACCCUCUCUUUUCUGCAAUUCAAGGGAAAGACGAGAUCUUCUUGCACAAGGUACCCUGCGUUUGCCCUCCACCAGGGAAAGCAGGCAUGGAGCUUCUCCGGCUGCUUAUCCUGCUCGCCGUCACAGAGCUGUCCGGAGCCCACAACACGACGGUGUUCCAGGGCAUGGCAGGCCAGUCCCUGCAGGUCUCCUGCCCCUACAACUCCUUGAAGCACUGGGGAAGACGCAAAGCCUGGUGCCGCCAGCUGGAUGAAGGGGGCCCGUGCCAGCGGGUCGUUAGCACCCACCGCUCAUGGAUUCUGUCCUUCCUAACGAGGCGGAAUGGGAGCACGGCCAUUGUGGAUGACGCCCUGGGUGGCACUCUCACUAUCACGCUGCGGAAUCUUCAAGCCCACGAUGCUGGCCUCUACCAGUGCCAGAGUCUGUACCGGGAUGAGGCCGACACCCUCAGGAAGGUCCUGGUGGAGGUGCUGGCUGGCUUGCCAGGCAGCGGGGUCCUCCCCACCCCUGACCUUGGCACAGGGAAGCCCUUCAGGGAAGACUUCUGCCUGUGUCUCCAGACCACCGUGUGUCCCCAUGGAGAAGAAAUCUGGGGCCAGCUGCCUCGAGGAGGGACUAGAAGCUCACAGGCUCUGUCUCCCACAGACCCCCUUGAUCACCUGGACCCUGGAGAUCUCUGGAUCCCCGAAGAGUCCAAAGGCUUCAAGGACAUCCAUGUGGAGCCCAGCAUCUCCAGGAGUCUCUCCAAAGAGGACAUGCCCUUCCCACCCACUUCGAUCCUUUUCCUCCUGGCCUGCAUCUUUCUCAGCAAGUUUCUAGCAGCCGGUGCCCUUUGGGCUGUGGCCUGGCGUGGGCAGAAACUGGGGACACCCCUGGCCAGUGAGCCGCACUGUGGCCACGACCCAGGUUACCAGCUCCAGACCCUAACAGAUAUUUUUUGUGCCAGAUACCAUUCUAGGUGCCGGAGACACAACAGUGAACAAAACGGGCCAAGAUUCCUGCCCACACAGAGCCACGAACUAGUGGGAGGGGAGGAAGACAGACACAAUAAACGUCAGCCAGAUGGUGUGUUAAAAGAUAAAGAGCUGAGGGGGAGCCUGGGUGGCUCAGUCGGUUAGGCAUCUGCCUUCAGCUCAGGCCAUGAUCCCAGGGUCCUGGGAU